UCCGGCGUCUUCCUCCCGGCGGACAUCUUGUCGGGCCCAGGGCGGAACCGUGGGAAGGGCGGCUCCCGAGCGCCGGGUUGUUGAUGCAGAGGAAGGAUGAAGAGGUACCUUCGAAGCAGAGCUUUUCUGUAGAACUGUAGCAUAGUAGGACUUCUACAGCCAGUCCAUCCAUCCAGGUGGCUCACCCUUGUGAUGUAUGUGACCCCAUCUUGAAAGACAUUUUGCUACUGGAGGGAGCACACUGUGUACUUAAAACUUACACAUGUAGGGCAUGUGGGAGACAAUUCCGGUUCCUUGCAGACUUUAACCAGAACUUAGAGCAUUACAGUGGAGAGAAACCUUCACAGAGAGAUGAAGGCAAGACUUCACUGGUGAAGAAAUGCAGUUUGUGAAGAACCUCACUUCUUAGGAAACCCCUUUACCUGUGAAGAGGAGCAGAACUUUCAUGUAGCUUGGGCUGUUGCCAACAGAAGAUCAUCCGUAACAAGAGAAAGACAGCCCAGAGAACUGCAAGCAGGGAGGUCCUGCAUGUUGGACAGAUGCAUUACAAGUGCAGUGAAUGUGGGAAAGCUUUUAGUCGCAAAGAUACGCUUGUCCAGCACCAGAGGAUCCAUAGCGGGGAAAAGCCUUAUGAGUGCGGUGAGUGUGGGAAAGCCUUUAGUCGCAAAGCUACACUUGUCCAGCACCAGAGGAUCCACACUGGAGAAAGGCCUUAUGAGUGCAAUGAAUGUGGAAAAGCCUUCAGUCGAAAAGACAACCUUACUCAGCACAAAAGAAUCCACACAGGAGAAAUGCCUUAUAAGUGUGGUGAAUGUGGAAAGUAUUUCAGCCAUCACUCUAACCUAAUCGUACACCAGAGAGUACACAACGGAGCAAGGCCUUAUAAGUGCAAUGACUGUGGGAAAGUCUUCAGACACAAAUCCACACUUGUUCAGCAUGAAAGCAUCCACACUGGAGAAAAUCCUUAUGAUUGCAGUGAUUGUGGGAAAUCCUUUGGCCACAGAUAUACUCUCAUUAAACACCAGAGAAUUCACACUGAGACAAAGCCUUUUGAAUGCACUGAAUGUGGGAAAUUCUUUAGUCGAAGCUCUGACUUUAUCGCACACCAGAGGGUUCACACAGGUGAAAGGCCUUUUGUGUGCAGUAAGUGUGGGAAAGACUUCAUCAGAACCUCCCAUCUUGUUCGACAUCAGAAGGUACACACAGGGGAAAGGCCCUAUGAGUGCAGUGAGUGUGGGAAGGCCUACAGCUUAAGCUCCCACCUCAUUCGGCAUCAGAAAAUUCAUGCUGCAGGGAACUUUAGCUGAGCUGUCCACACGGCAGGAUUCAUCAGUGAGAUGUCAGGCCUGCCUUGCACUUCCUGACCUUCUCAAGUUGCUGUCAAGUUGUUGAGAUGGCUGAACCCGUCUCAGCUUCUCCAGCUUGGUUACCCAGCAUCUUCAGGAACAGCAGGACUUGAACUCUCUCCAAUGCCCAUGGUGAGCCAGGGGACCCCUUAGUUCACAGGGUCCUCAUUCCUUUCUGUGACUAGUGUGGUUAUGAGUGUGACCCAUCUUUAGCCAAGAGGACCUGAGGUGUGUUCUGCUGGUAACUUACAGGUUUUCUUCAUGGACAUUGUUGAUCUUACAUAAAAUUUGGUUUUUGUUUGAGACAGUGUCUUGC